AUGGCAUUGGCAGUAGAGCGCGAUCCCCUUGUGAACGGCCGUUCCAACGGUGCUCCUGUACCCAGGCUCCGCGCUGCGCCAAAAUCCUCGAAUGCGCAAGCGGUUCAUGGCUCAACCUCGACAGGGACAUCUGAGCACGCAAACUCAACACAUGGGGAGCACUCGGAAUUACUGAGCCCGGCAACGUCUACGACACUUUCCCCAACGACCCCGCCGUACUGGAUCAAUUCGAAUAUCCAUCAGCGAUCCCGCUCCAAUGUAUCGGUCGAGUCCAUUCCCGCAGGCGCCAUUACGCUACAGGACAACGAAAACAGUCUAGACGACGAUCGAAACAACGCAUGCUGGGCGCGGAGCGUGGAAAUCAUCGACCAUAUUAUAGUGAAUGGCAGUACCACAAACAUUGGCGCCUUUGUUGUUUGGAUCAUAAAGGUCGAAACUCUUACCGGUAGCUAUAUGAACAUACGCAAACGAUACUCAGAGUUCGACGACUUCCGCAGUCAACUUGUCCUCUCGUUUCCAAACUUUGAGGCGGCGGUACCGCCGCUCCCCCCAAAGAGCGUCAUCUCCAAAUUCAGGCCGAAGUUCCUAGAAAAGCGGAGGGCAGGGCUCCAGUACUUUCUCAAGUAG